AUGGAACAUUCCGAAUAUAUUCAUAAAAAAUUUCACGCAUCUAAGUUGAAAUGUAUGCGUUCUACAGAACCAGUGAAAGCAGCUAAUCAUAAAUCUUUGGAGAAUACUUCAACAACUGAUUCUAUAAAAAUGCCAGUGAAAAAUUCACCAAACCAUCCAGAUGAGAUUUUACAAUCAGUUAAAAAAUGUCCGACGAAUUCAUUCUUUCGACCAUGGUUGGAUGAACCAGGAAAGAAGAAAAAACGUGUAUCCAAAAAGAAUUCUAAAGCAAAAAACAUGCCAAAAUACAUCUCCGUAAAUCGGUAUCAUUCGAAUAUGGUACGUGCACAACCAGUAAAGAUACAUACAGCAAAAGAGCAAGAACGUCGUGAUCGCAAUACUUUGGCUUGUUUGGAACGUCGGCGGGCGAAACGUGUGGAACAAGCAUUAAUAAAAGAUCGGUACAUUGCUUUUAUCAAUGAAUAUAUAAAAAUGUCCGGGGAGUCAUAUCUUAAGAAUGUAUAUUACAAUGAUUUAAUGAAUUGGAACCGCUUUAAUCGUCAGCCACAUUUGUUUGUAUUUGGUGAUAACAGGCCAUAG